AACGAGAAAGAUAUCGAGCGUAACAUCCGGCAGGUGAUGCUACAAUAAAAAUUCGACCGAGCACGUUUCGAGGCAUCGUGGCGACAUGGCUACGAGAUCGCAAUGGUUAUUGUUGACUUGGCUGGGAUUUUGCGCGGCAUGGAUGGACGAAAGGCCUGUGUUGGAGUCGCGGGACGGAAAUCUGUUCAUUUCCGCUGCGAAGGACAAGAACAUCACCCUGAAAAUCUUGGGGAAAGGCUACCUGAACGUGAACGAAAUUAAUUUACUUCACGUCGCGAAUUCCGCGGAAAGCGCGACGCGUUUGAUUGAAAGAUGGAAAACCGGAUACCUGGCCGAAGUGGAAUCGAAUUUGCAACGAUUGAUGCAACUCGUGGAGGGUCCGGAAGGUUUGGAGAAAAAAAUAGCCGCGUUAAGAGGAUUCGGAGAAGGGAAUAGCACGUUACAACCGGAUAUUUCGUCGACGAAUCAGGUACGACGAGUGGAAGAAAAAGUAAAGUCGAUAGAAUCGAAAUUAAGGAUAAACGAGUGCAGCAGCAAUCCUUGUCAGAAUGGUGGAACGUGUCAGGAUCUUUACGAAGGAUAUCAGUGUCAUUGUCCGUUAAACUGGGAGGGUCCAAAUUGCGUGAUGGACGUAAACGAGUGUGUUCGGCUGUUAGGAACGGAUCUUGGAUGCCAAAAUGGAGCUACCUGUCAUAAUCUUCAAGGAUCGUACAGGUGUGACUGUACAGCAGGAUGGUUCGGUCUCCAUUGCACGAAGAAAACUCCCAUUUGCAACACGCAGAAUUCCAACGAACUCUGCGGUCACGGUGUCUGCGUCAGUAAACCUGGUUCACCGCUCGGUUACACUUGCAUUUGCGACCAAGGUUGGCAAUCCGAGGGCGCUAAUCCAGCUUGCGUCAAAGACGUGGACGAAUGCGCCGGAAACCACAGGCCGUGUUCCGUGAAUCCUUGGGUUGCUUGCCGAAAUGCACCGGGAACGUUCUUCUGCGACGCUUGCCCUCAAGGCUACUCAGGCAAUGGUUAUUACUGCACCGACAUCGACGAGUGUCUGUUGGACAACGGAGGUUGCAGCACCUUCCCCAGAGUUCAAUGCAUCAAUACCAUGGGUUCGAGAAUGUGCGGCCCCUGUCCAAAGGGGUACAGUGGCAACGGUGUCACCUGCGUCUACGUUGGUAGCUGCGCCGUCAACAACGGCGGCUGUCAUCCAUUUGCCACGUGCGUGGAGAAUCCGGCUCUCACGAGCGCCUACGUGAUCUGUCGUUGUCCAGCUGGCAUGGUGGGUGAUGGACUCGGUCCAAACGGUUGUCAACCGUCCACCGACCAUGUUAAUACACCUUGCGCUACUAAUCCGUGCGGCCACGGAGACUGUUUGAUCUUGGGAAGCAUUCCUAGUUGCGUGUGCCACGCUGGUUACACCGGCACAACUAGCCAACGACUGGUGUCAUUCCCAAUCUCGUCGGGGGACACGUGUAGCGUGAAGGAUCCAUGUACACCGAAUCCGUGCAAAAACAACGGUGUCUGUGUGAAGUCGAACGGCGCGGCGACCUGCGACUGUCCGUCGUCGUACACCGGCAACAGAUGCGAAACAGCCCGGCAAACCUGCGGCGGCGUGUCCCGUAAUCCCGUGGGACACCUCGAGUUCCCGAUCGGUGGCAACGUUUAUCAGCACGGACUGAGCUGCGCCUGGGUCCUAAUCACCAACAGCUCGCUCGUGUUGAACGUCACGUUCGACCGUUUCAAUCUCGAACAGUCGACCGACUGCAAAUACGACUUUUUACAGAUACACGACGGCAGAAAUGCCGGUAGUCAGAUGAUCGGCAGAUUUUGCGGCAACACAUCGCCACACGGGAACGGAAAUAUCGUGUCCUCGCACAACUCCCUGUACUUCUGGUUCCACUCUGAUAACAGCAUAUCCCACGACGGGUUCGCGUUUCAUUGGGACAGUAUCAAGCCGGUUUGCGGAGGCACUUUGACGAACGAUUAUGGUACGAUCAGCUCGCCUGGAUCACCAGGAAGGUAUCCGCCGAACAGAGAUUGUUAUUGGCAGAUUACCGUUAGACCCUCGAAGAGGAUACAGAUCCAUUUUGGUCAACUGAUGCUCGAAGAACAUUCAACCUGCGAGGCUGACUUCCUCGAGAUCACCACCAUACACAACGAACGACUGGGUCUUUACUGCAAUCACACUCACCCACCGCCUCUGGUCGUGCCGGCUUCCGAAGCUAUAAUUUAUUUCCACUCUGACAGCGCCGGGCAAGACGCUGGCUUCCAAAUCCACUACUCCGUCGUCGAAGGUGUUCCGGGUUGCAACGACGUGUACACCGCUCCAACUGGCACCAUUAACAGCCCCGCGAUUACACUGUCUACCCAAGAGUUAGAAUGUGAAUGGAAAAUCCUAAUGCCUGUUGGCAAACGGAUAGAGAUCACUUGGCCGAAGUUCGAGCUCAUGUCUACCGACUGUCGGAUGCAACAGCUCGAGAUUUACGACGGAGAUACCAGCGAAUCAUCGUUGCUCCAACGACUAUGCGGUUCCAUGAUUCCCACCAAAAUCAGAUCGAACACGAACGUGUUGCUCAUCGUCUUCAAGGCGAAAAUGUACGGUAGUUUCACGCUCUCGUACAGAACGACGUGCGGCCAAGUAUUCACCAGCGAGUCAGGAAUUAUCGAAUCGCCCAGCUAUCCGGCCCCGAUCGUUCUUUUCGAGAAUUGCGACUACGAGAUCAAGCAACCGCCGGACAAAAGAAUCGUGUUGAACGUGCUCGACAUCGACAUCCCUAAGUCGUCUAAGAAACGGAACAAUUGUGUAAACGGGUAUAAUUAUCUUGACCUGUACGACGGCACAAACGUGAACGCCACGCGUCUCGCACGUCUUUGCGGCAUUUCCACCGAUAGCAUGAGCUACUACUCCACGCACAAUGUCAUGUUGCUCAAGUAUUACUCGAUGGGAGGACGUGGCUUCCGGGCGAAUUACACGACUAUUCAGAGCAGAUGCGGUGGACUGUACACGGAGGCCAGCGGAACGAUUCAGACACCGACCGACGAAGGCAAAUAUCUGAACGACGAGACGUGCAUCUGGACGAUACAAGCCCCGAUAGGAUACAUCGUGCAGCUCAGCUGGCUGUUGUUCGAUCUGGAAAGGAAUAUUCGUUGCCGGCACGACUAUGUCAAGGUGUACGAGAACUUCAUGUCGUACAACAGGGAGGAGAUCGGAACGUACGUGCAAAUUUUCCUCUUUAUCCGACGAUUAAACUUAUUUGGAAUUACAGAUGAUCGAGUCGUUGAAUUUCACAGGUUCUGCGGUUUCAAGAAACCGCCGGUAGUGAUGACGCAAGGGAACGAAUUGACGUUGGUGUUCCAUUCUGACUCGACGAUAACCCGCGAGGGAUUCACCGCGACGUAUCUCUUCAUCGACGCCAGCAAAGUGUGCGGCGGUCAUUUCAUUAAGACGACAGGCGUCGUCCAGUCGCCAAAUUAUCCGAGGAAAUAUCCGGGGAAACAGCAAUGCAGUUGGGUGAUCGAGGCGCCGCACAAGCAAAGGGUGAUCCUCAAUGUGAAGGAUUUCCAUCUGGAGGCACAUACCACUUGCUUGUUCGAUUACCUAGAAAUCAGAAACGGUGGCUACGAAACUUCUCCGCUACUUGGACGAUUCUGUGGGACCGAUAUCCCCACGGAAAUUUUCAGUCAGACCAAUCAGAUAUACUUGAAAUUCGUGUCCGAUCUGACGAGAUCGUUCGCUGGAUUCCGCAUAGAAUGGGACAGCACGACGAUAGGCUGCGGUGGAACCAUGAACGCCGCUUAUGGCGACAUCAUGUCUCCAAAUUACCCGGAACCAUACUUGCAUCAAGCGGAAUGUUACUGGAAGAUCGCGGUGGCGGCCGGCAGUCUGGUACGAUUGCUAAUAGUCGAUCUGCAACUGGAGCAGCAUGACAAGUGCAGAUACGACUACAUCGAGAUAUCCGAGGGAAUUAAUCACCGGAACAGCCAGAGAUACUGCGGCAACCCUUAUCCGAAAAUCAUCGAGACGAAGUCUAACAUGGUGACCAUACAGUUCCGCUCCGACUUUACGAAUUCUGGUCGCGGUUUCCAUCUCAAGUACGAAACACUAUGCGAGAACAAACUGCACGGUUUCUACGGGUCGAUAGAGUCGCCGAAUUUCCCGUACAAGUACGAGCAGAAUCUCAACUGCAGCUGGACGAUCGACGCCCCCAUAGGUAACAGGGUCAACAUCACGUUCUCUCAUUUCGAUCUCGAAGGACCGGGCAACGAGAACACCUGCUCCUACGACUAUCUGCAAGUGUCUGAGGGUUUCCGCGACACACCGUCCCACGAACUCGCGAAACUCUGCAAUUCCGACGUUCUCCCGGCCAAGAUUCAUUCGAAGGAGCAUCAAGUGUUCGUGAAGUUCGUUACUGACACUUUGAUCUCUUUCAACGGCUUCCGACUGGAAUGGGUGGUCGACGGUUGCGGUGGACAUCUGACAAGACCCUUCGACUCGUUCACCUCGCCCGGAUAUCCGUCCGCUUAUCCCACGGACGUAGUCUGCGAGUGGCUGAUUGAGGUCGACUACUCGCACAGCGUCGAGCUGACUCUUCACGACGUUAGUAUCUCUCAAGUCGUAUCUCAAUUAGAGAUCGUGAUUUCGAGCGUGCGUUAA